CUCCAUCAGCGAUCAUGCCGGAGUCUGAGGGACUGGAGAAAUACGUUGUCAAUGAUCUGUUUGAUGAAAUGUUGGACACGAUCGUACAGGGAUUGUGUUUCGAGGUUCAUCGAGCGCACAAAAAUGGGCGACUCUUUCUCGACGAAGGACCUCAGGUGGCAGAAAUUGCUGAUGUGGUUGACGAAGCAGGCCGAGAUAUCUUUGGUCAGGUUCCGCAUAAACUUCAUUUUGAAUGUUCGUGUCCAAACUGUAAUAGAUCGAUGGCUGCAUCGAGAUUUGCCCCACACCUUGAAAAGUGUAUGGGAAUGGGCCGCAAUAGUUCGCGUCUGGCCAGUCGGCGAAUAGCGAACUCAGAGAAGAUGCAGCAACAGUUAAGUCAACAGCAUAAUCAGGGUUCAGGAUCGAACGGAGGAGGCGAGAAUGACGGAGACGAUGAUUGGAUAUGGGAAAAGAAAAAAAAGAAAAAGGACAACAAAAAUAAUUCGCCCAGAAGGUCAUCCAAAAAAACCACCAGCCACUCAGGCAAUGGCGGAGGGAACAACAGUUCGAAAGAAAAGGAUAAAGAUAAGGAUCGUACGAGUAGCUCUCGAAGCAGCGCAGCGACAGAAGAAGCUCUCACUGCUCUUGAGGCUAUGUCAACCUGGGAACGCAAGGAUCUUUUGACAGCGACAUGUUGCGUCAUCUCCCGUCACACCGGCAAAAUGUGCACGCGAUCGCACCAGUGUCCUACGCAUUCCGACGAACAGCGACGAGCCUUGAGGAAAAAGCUGCAGGCCCGUGAAAGGGAUACGCCUCGCCGUUCUCAUACGGGAGCACGUGAGGAUGAAUUUGUUGAUGUUGACUCACUAGAGGAUUCAAAUAACUCGAACGUUGCCAAAUCUUGGGAGUCAAUCCCCUCUCCAGCCACUGAACUUAAGAAAUAACAUGGUGACUGCUGCCGACCGAUGUAGUAUUAUUCGCACAAUUUUCCAAAUAAUUCAAUUGACUGUCACAAACGAUGACGAUUGAAAGAGUGGCUUGAGAAGGUGAUAUUAUGAUGUUGUGUGGGUGAAGGAUGUCGUCUAUAUAUGUAGUAAGCAAAGCACGAGAUCCUCACCCGUUAAUGAUACAGAAGCACGCAGGCGGAAAAAUUACAUGUAAGAUAUGAUUGUGUAUGUGAAUUCGAUUCGCCAUCGUUAGUGCUGUACUUCAGAUACCACGGUUUUGCAUAUCAAUGAUGUAGGUACAACAGCGAAAGACGGUAACUACGAUGGCAGUGAUGAUUUUAGUGUUGUUGUACAGAAUAAAGCUGUAUAUUUAAAGCUCGCUCAUAUAAUGAUUUUAUUUUUGCAGUUAGUUAGACAGUAACUCUGUGCUUUCUAGUCAGUACAUAAGGCGAUUGUUAUUAGAAUUAUUGUUAUUAGAAUAGGCGAAUUAGAAUUUCACUGAGCAUUAGCUUGACUCAUUGAGAAUAAAAGAACUGUACUAAUCGUUUUGGUUUACGGCACACGAAUCAUUUCAC